AUGUCCACAAUGGUAUUGACAGAACUCAUCGCCUGGGUUACAAUUGCAGUGGCAGAUCUGGGAUUUGGUGGAGCACGACAAAAUGUGGAAUCCAGUUGGCUCCAGCCUAUACCUAUAGAUCGAACCCAGCAAACUUGGAUUCAACCUUCCCCAGACUAUAUGCUGCAGAUGAACAAUGGUAUAAAACCAGAGAAUAUAGGAGGUGGUUCACUGCAGUCUUCUUUGGACCAAACCAUGAACUUCAUGAACGGUGAAAAAUCACCAAUGGGACCUUACUGGCCUCAAACUUCCCUAGGCCAUACAAUGCAAAUGAUAAACGAUGGAAAAGCACAAGACAUGGGGACUGGUUUGCAGUCA